UAGUCUAGUAAACAGGGGAGAUGGGUUAGAGGGGAGAGGGCCCCUUCCCGCUUCUUCUUAAAAUUCGUCUCUUUCUUCACUCCAAGAGGGAAACUGUGUGUUUUCCUGCGUGUGUUUGUGUGUGAGUUUUACUUGAGAGCGACUAAUUGCUGUAAGAUGUCCAUACAUAUCUGAUAGAACAAUAGAUUAGAUUUAAGAUAAUUUGUAUAUACAGAGUGACAGAAGGAAAGGCAAUAUGGGGGAAGAAGGAGAGAGGAAGGAAAUAGAAGAAGUGGGGAAAAAGAAAGAAGUUGUAGUGAUGGAUACUCCAGAGAGGAGCAAGAAUCAGAUCAAUACACCAAUUUCUAAAUUUGAGGAGUCCCCAGUCUUUAGCUUUCUGAACAAUCUUUCUCCUAUCCAGCCGGUAAAGUCUGUUCACAUUACCCAAACUCUAAAUGCACUCAGUUUUGCAUCCCUUCCAUCUGUUUUCACGUCACCCCAUGCCAGUUCCCUUAAGGAGUCCAGAUUCCUUAGAAGGCAUCAACUUGUAGACCCAUCAAGACCUGAGUUUUCUUCUGACAGUCAGAAGAAAAUUGAUGGGAAUGGAGGGAUUGUAAAAUAUGCCCAUAACUCCUCUGAGCAGCAGGAAAAUUUUGAUCCGGGGAAUUCUCUUGGAGAGACAUCUAUAGAGCCAUCUUAUGAUUGCUCACAGCUGGCAGUUGAAUUUGUGCGGUCUUUAAAUUAUGAUUGCAAGAGUCCCAUCUCCAGCCCAAAGGCUAGUUGCGCUGCUAGCAAUAAAGGUCUGUCUGAAUUUGAUGCCAAUGCUGGACCAUUAGUUCCAUUUUCUCUAGUAGUGUCUGGAAAAGGUUUAUUUACAAAUGAAUCCAGUAUUGAGGGAUUAGGCCAAACUAAUCAAAGUAGAGAUGGCGCAGGUUGCGAUUGGGAGAGUCUAAUUUCUGAUGCUGCUGAUCUGCUAAAUUUUGAUACACCAAAGGAUGUUGACAGUUUUAAUGAAUCCCCGCGAUCUACAACUGCCUUCCAUACCAACAACACAAAUAAUAUUCAGAAUAUGCAAACAUUUGGUUGUAUUGAACACCAAGGCGAGGGAAUUGACAACGAAAAUCCUUCAACUCAACCAGGAGAAGGAAGUUGUGUGAUGGAAUUUGCUGAGCCUGAAGAAGUUAUUACCAGUUCUUCUUUGAACAGCGAGUGCGUGGAAGGGAGCCUCAGUCAGAAAAUGGAUGCUGAGCCUGUUUCAAAUUUGUACCGUGGAAUGAGAAGACGUUGCCUUGUUUUUGAGAUGGCGGGUGCUCGCAGAAAGCACCUGGAGGAGAACUCAAGUUCUGUUUCUUCCAUUUUACUUCAAUCUGAUGGAAACACACCCUCCGCAGAUAAGCAAUUGGUUCCUUUCAAGUCUGGAAAUGAUUCAUCCAGGUGCAUUUUACCUGGAAUUGGCUUGCAUUUAAAUGCUCUUGCAACUACUCCCAAGGAAUUCAAGGUUGUGAAGCAGGACGCCUCAGUUGCAGGCAGACUGGUUAUUGCACCUAGUUCAACUGCUAAUUUCCAGCCCAUAAUGGCUGGUCAAGAAUCAUUUAAUGAAUCUUUGGCAUUGACGUCUACGGAGACAGACAUGGAUCCCAUUGAAAAUGCAGCUCCACUUACGGAAGAUGCUAACCAGCUUUCUGCCCUAAUAGCAAAUGAAGAGUUCAAUCAGAUUAGUCCAAAGAAGAAGAGGCGUAGAUUGGAAGUUUCUGGAGAACCUGAGGGCUGUAAGCGAUGUAAUUGUAAGAAAUCUAAAUGCUUGAAACUUUAUUGUGAAUGUUUUGCUGCUGGUGUCUACUGUGUGGAGCCGUGCUCCUGUCAGGAAUGUUUCAAUAAGCCUAUUCAUGAGGACACUGUGCUUGCAACUCGCAAGCAGAUUGAGUCCAGAAACCCCCUUGCUUUUGCCCCCAAAGUCAUUAGGAGUUCCGAUUCUUUGACUGAGGAUGACUCCAGUAAGACUCCUGCCUCAGCUCGACAUAAGAGAGGGUGUAACUGCAAGAAAUCUGGUUGCCUCAAAAAAUACUGUGAAUGCUAUCAGGGUGGUGUUGGAUGCUCUAUUAACUGUAGAUGUGAAGGGUGUAAGAAUGCAUUUGGUAGAAAGGAUGGCUCUAUAUACAUAGGCACAGAAGCUGAAUUAGAAGAAGAUGAAACAGAUGCGCUGGAGAAGACUGUAAAGGACAGGAAGCCACAUAAAACUGCAAUCCAGGUAGAUGUAGAGCAGCAGAACCCUGAAUCUGCUCCACCUGCAACACCUUUACGGUUUGGAAGACCAUCUGUCCAGCUUCCUUUUUCCUCAAAGAAAAAGCCACCGCGAUCUUCAUUGCCUUCUAUUGGCUCCUCAUCGGGUUUAUAUCCUAUCCAAGGGCUAGCAAAGCCAAACCUUUUACAUCCUCAGCCCAAGUUUGAUAAGCACUUCCAAACGGUUCAGGAAGACGAACUGCCAGAGAUUCUUCAAGGCAAUGGAUCUCCCAUUGGUGGCAUCAAGUUGGCUUCUCCUAAUAGUAAGAGAGUUUCUCCACCUCAUUGUGACUUUGAGAUGUCUCCAGGUCGCAGAAGCAGCAGGAAGUUGAUUUUGCAGUCUAUUCCUGCAUUUCCUUCACUCACUCCUAAGCAUUGAGAUAUCAUUCUGUUGGGUGAAUGAAGGAAACUUUUAAAUAGUUAUUGUAGCUUUUAGUCAUGAUAUUCAGUCAUGUUGCACUCUGAGCUUGCCCCCUUUGUCCCUGUAAAAUAUCUGUCUUGUUUCAAUCACAACUAUGUACCGUAUAGUGUUUAUCAUCCUUUGUAGAGAGACUUUCAAUCCG